AUGGGUCUCAUAGUUCUGGAUUAUACAAGAGUGCCAAGGCAGGAGAGUACAGACUUGGAGUGGCUGGUAAGACUUCGUUGCCCAAGAACUCAAAUGGAACAGUUGAUGCCAGAUCUGAAGCAAUCUUUUCCAGGAACUACUACUAAAUUUCUGAGUAAAUCACAGAGCAAAGUUUGCGGAGGAAGUCAAUCUGAAAAGACAAAAACUUCAGAGAGUUGGCUAACACAGAAGCAUCUGUCCAUUGCACAGGCUUUAGUUAAUGAAAGCCAAGAUGUUAUUGGUCCCAUUCAGUUGCUGCUGGAAAGAGAAAGCUGCUUUAUAAGGGAAGUAGACAGGUAUUUGAAGCACAAUGAUUUCUUAGCUCUAAGGAGAAGGGAAAUGCUGUACAAGAAAUGGUUUGAAAGUGUUUCAAGACCUCUGCUUCAGAAAAUUCAGGACAAAGUUGACAACCAGUCAAGCAAAGAAAUAGAAGAGAGGAAGCGAAAACAGCUCUCCCUUUAUCUAAACUAUUGUAAUGAGAAGGGAGGUGCAUUUUUAGAAAGUUAUAGUCCAUCAUCUUAUGAUCCUUUCUUCCUGAAGACUACUCCAGACUUGUGGAAGGCAUCAGUUCCUCCUUUACAUGAUCCCUUGUUAAAGGAAAUAGAAGGAAGAUACAUUGAAGCCAGCAUUAUGCAGCAGUGUGAAACAGGAAAAGUAUAUUCCUCUAAAGAUAUUCAUGAACUACACAAGACUGAGUUACCACCACUUCCUUUGGGUCGGCAGCUUAUAAAUCCCACAGAGUGGCUGAAAAUCCCAUUCCAGUAUAUGGAAAGUGAUGUCCGUAAAAAAUGCAGGCAAAAAAUGAGCACAACUAGAAACCAGAGUUCUAUGGAAUUCAACAGCUGGGGUGACUCGGCCUGGCCUCCACUGGAGAAGAGAUUCCCCUCUAUCAGGAAAUCAGAGUUCACUCAAAUGGCCAGUCUUUGGUCAAAACAAAUAUUUACUGGCACACCAGUUCGGAAACCAAAAAUAAAAUUUGCUUCCUAUUGAUCUUUCUUUGAAACUGAUUCCUUGUAAAGGGAUAAUGCCAACAUUUGGUGUAUAAAAGGAUGAUCCAAUUACUUAGAAGGAAUGAUUAGAAGCUUUUUCCGCAUCAGGGACUACUGAGAAGAGUAAAACACAGGCUACAGGGAUUUUAUGCUUAAAUGCUUAAAAUUGUGACUGCAUAUGACUGCUUUCAAAAGUAUUGCUAAACAGCUACUUCAUAUUUUCUUAUAGGGGGAAAAUCACAGAACUUGCUACAUAAGUACACUUUAUUUCAGAAGCGUAAGUGGAAUACGGGUAGACAGUGCUUCAGAUACAGAGAUAAAAAGAUGUUUUGGGGCACACAGGAAUAUGCUCUUAAAGGCAGCUGUGGUUUUUUUUGUGCAAGUGUGUGUGCUUGCUGUAGCUGCUGGGAAAAAUGCAUUUGGCUUAAGAAGUUGCAAUCAGAUGCUAGGUGAGUGCCUUCCAUGCUCCAAAGCAUCUUUUGGUCUUUAGAUCCAAGGCUCUGCUGACCUGAGUUGAAUUGUUCCAAAAGAUUGAACAACAGACUUUCAUAAAUUUAGCAGGAAUAUGGCUUUUCCUGUUUCCAUAAGAUAUUUUCCUAUUCAGAUACAAAGCAAAUUUAACAGCCUGUC